UUAUCAGUGGUGCUGCUGAGUAGAUACUGCCUUGUUCAUUAUCAUUCGUAACGGCCAUUGCCGUUCUUCCAAUCGUGCUCUUGUAAUCUUUAGGUUAUGAAGAGCGCAUGAUACGCUGAAUAAAACGUACACAUGCGUAAUCCACGAUCGUAAAAGCAUUGAAACGGUGACACGCGAUAGUUAUCGAUAAUCACGUUCUGUAAGAGAAUCCUUAAUCCACGUAGUAUUGAAGUUGCUUUUACAUAUUGCGCAGCGAGUUUCUUAUCACUAAUAGCAGCGAAUCGUUAAAGACAUCGCCUUUGUUUUCUUGAUAAAACGAUUCAACGAAAAAAAAACAAUGUCAGCAUCUCCAAUCGCAAGACAGGCUACCCAAAGUCAAAGUAUACCCUCGAAAAGGAUUGUUAUCGACGAUCCUAAGCAAUUACCAGCAGACUACUCUUCCACUCCAGGGGGUACCCUUUAUUCGACAACUCCAGGAGGUACUCGUAUCGUUUAUGAACGUGCUUUUUUGAUGAAUUUACGAGACUCGCCAAUAUCACGUACUCCACCACGAAGUAUACCAUCCAUACCUGUGGAUCUUUUGAAGGUUACACCAGCUAUUGUGACACCUGCCAAGAUAUCCGCUGCUAAAGACACAUUAAUGAUUGAAGAAUCUCCAGAACAAUUUGAGAUGGAUAUGUAAAAUGGAAGAACUUGCAAUCAGAUUUUGUGGUUCUAAAUGUGUUCAUCUUCUAGCCAUCUACGGCUGUGCUUAUAUAAUAUACCUACUGGUAUUAAAAUUGUGUGAUUGAUUCUUUGGGUAUAUCAUUAAUAAUUGUAUUGUAAACGUUUAUUGUAGACCAUUGGUCUUAAUAGGUGAUAAUGUUUAUUAAUGAACUAAUGAAUAUGAAAAAUGUUGAAUAUAUUGAAUCAAUGACAUAUUUUUUAAUAUAUGUAUAAAGUGUAAAGUUACAAAAAGAAAUUUUAAUUGCAACUGA